GUGCAAAAACCAUCAUGGCGGCCUGACAAACAUUAGAAACCGUACCGCGCGUUGUUGUAACGGCAAGUAUUCCAGCCUUUCCGAGUUUUGCCAGCCUGUCACUCCAAUCUUAUAUCUUAGAGACAUGUCUACGCUCUUAGAGAACGACGACAGUUUUGACUUUCUGUUUAAAAUUGUGCUCAUUGGUGACGCUGGAGUGGGAAAAACCUGCGUGGUGCAGCGGUUCAAAUCCGGUACCUACAUGGAGCGGUGUGGCAGCACCAUCGGAGUCGACUUUACCAUGAAAACCGUCACCAUCGACGACAAGAGAGUCAAGCUCCAGGUAUGGGACACCGCGGGCCAGGAGAGGUUUCGCACCAUCACGCAGAGCUACUACCGGAGCGCCAACGGUGUCAUUAUCGCGUACGACAUCACCAAGAAGGAAACGUUCGACAACGCGAUACGGUGGCUGGAAGAUGUCGGGAAAUAUGCAGGGCCGAAUGUCGUCAAGCAGCUUGUGGGUUGCAAGAGAGACUUGGAGGAGAUGCGUGAGGUGAAUGUUACAGAAGCCAAGUCCUUCGCCGUGCAGCACUGCAUGUUCGACGCCUUGGAGACAUCUGCCAAGGAGGACACUAACGUCGAAGAGUGCUUCAUCAGGAUAGCCAAGGAACUAAAGAAACAACAUGGCGGCACCGCGCUACAGGGGGACAAGGACGGUGGGAAAAUCGUGAUGGGAGAGUCCAGGAGGGUGGACGGGGGAGGGUGGGGGUGCUGUGGAUAAAGCUGUGUGAACAUUGUUGUGAUAUAGUUAGUGCUGUGUACCGGUUCACUGGACUGGUUCCAGACUUGUAAAAAUGUUUAGGUUCAAGUCCAAAAAAAAA